CUGGGACACGCCCGCCACUAAACCAAAACAAACACUCCUGUGUGGCGGUCUCAUGGCACGAAGGACAGUACAAACACCGCAGCCCCACAAGGCCCACGACGCCCCCUAAUCUUAGAGGAAGGACGAGGAACAGCAAAUAUGUCCGAAGAAGUGGUGCUGGAAGAUUUAGUGGUGAAACACAGUUAACCAACCAGUGGUAAAUGCUGUAUAGUGUUACUGAAAAUGAAACAUGGGUGAGCUAUAGAUGACCUAUUUUAAGUGUAAAGUGACCGUCGGGGAAUAUUGUAAACAUUAAUAAACAGCGUAGUUCUAGCUGUAUGCUUCGUGGACAUGAAGUUAUUAUAUACAACGAAACCUGAAAGUAAAGAACUGGUGUAGACUCAAAGUGCGGAGUAUCUAUUGUGUGAGUAGCAGCAACAACAUGAAUAUGGAGCUAUUAUCUAACAUUAAACAUAAGGGAAAUAUAAAGGAAAGUGUGUGUGUGUGAAGUUUUGACACGUAUACAAGGCUUAACUCAGGCGACCUAUUUAACUUGUUAAGUGAGAAUCUUAUCACAAUGAACAUACCAGGUUUGCCUCUGUGCUAUUUAAUAUUAAUCGAAUACUUUUUGAAAUAUAAACGACUAAAGAAAUGGUUAGAAGGAAUUAUGUAAAUUAUUUUUCCAGUAAAUUUACAAGGAAAUAUAUGCGAAUCAGGUUAAGGAGUACUUUCAUCAAUUUGUCAAAGUGAUGGUUGGCAUUCAAAACAAUCAAAGAAAAUGGAAUCUCAAGAAGAGCAGAACGACCAAAGAAAACGCGUCAGAGAGGAAGGUGUGGUGGACCGCCAGACUGUGGUGAAGGACCUGGAGAACACCAUCUCUAAUCUCUUCACUUAUCUCACGUCAAACUCCCCGACAAACCCUGAUCUCUCUUCCUUGAGAGAUAUUCGCCUUACCCCAGACGACGAAGCUCAGAGAUCCCGGGAAUUAACACCUGCCGAGUCUGUCAACUCCAUUGCUCGUGAAGUAAUUUCUCCCCUGGCAUUCCGGCCUGUGUCUGAGGCAGACUCUACAUCUAGAAGCCAUCUUAUAACCCCUCCCGGAGCCUUUCACGCCAUCUCCGAAGAAGGCAUUCCUCCUCCACUACCAGGGAGAAGACCUCCGGUAGUGUCGCCCUCCAACUCUGACUUGUUCUCUUCGUCAGUAGACAAGAGAUACUCACCAGCGACUCGUUCCUCAGUCAUCAGUAAGACUUCACCGUCACCGUCAAGAUGGAUCACCGAAUCUCCUUUUGGUUUGAGAGACAGAAAAUCUUUAAUGAGUUCAGUGAAUUCCAAAACUUCCAGCGACAUAGAACUCGUGUAUUUGUUGAGAGGUGACGGUGUGAACGACGGGCUAAAUCAGUCAUUCUCUAGUGUCAGUGAGAGAGUGAGACCCUUGUAUGAGGGGGCUAGACUCCCUCAACACCCGGACUCAGACUAUAGAGUAAGUGCUUUCACCACUCCUCCCUCAGUCAGCAGUGCCUCUAGGCUUAUGGGUCACAUGGCAAGUGAACCCACCAUAUUUUAUCCCACAAAACUUCCUUCAGUAGGGAACAUAUCUCUAGACACUCCUCCUCACGAGUCGAGAAGAACUCCAGUGCAAUACCAGACAAACCGUGAAUCUCAAGUAGAUGUUAGUGGGCAGUCUCCUCACAGUACCUCGCGGUCAUCCCCAGCGCCGCACCCUUCCUCCUCCUCCCUGCAGUCCUUGCCUCAAAGAUCGAAACAGAAAAUACGACCGCCUGACCACCACUACUCGGAGAUCGACUUGUACGACCCCGCUCAAGACAACGACAGCACGACCAGGACAGCGUCACCAAACACACUUUCAAGUAUGACGAUUUCAACGCCUCCACCUGUUCCUCAGCAUUGUGAAGACAGAGGAAAAAUGAACGGACGAAUCUUUGUGAACCCCGUUGGAGCGAGCCCACAGUGGACUGCGGAUGUCCUGGCCGAAGGAGAUUUAUGGUCAGCGGUGGCGAGUGGCUUCAUACAUCACUGUGAACAAAGUGAAACCCCACACCCGAUGGUGCACUACUGA